CACUAGGGGGCAGUCAGCCCGAUGAUUGGUGGGCGUGAAGGGAGCCAAUUAGAAAAUGAUGAUGUGUAGUGUUGGCAAGCGGAUUGCGUGAGAGAAGGCAGGGGUUGAGGGAACGCUAACGCCAGCUCCAAGGCCUGCAGCCAAUGGUGGGCAGACGCCAUGCCAAGGAGUGGGCGGGGCCUCGGCGACUGGCGCUGUGGGAGUAGGGCAGGCGCUGUGGGAGGGGACGUCAGAGCGAGGUGGUGAGCCGAGCUGGUCGCGUGAGGUGUGGCGGCUCCGCUUCAAGUGUGACUGGUGCCUGAGGCCUUGUCUGAGAGCCGAAAAGCCAGUGCUUUGAGCGCGGUCACCAUGGACCGCCCGGAUGAGGGGCCUCCGGCCAAGAUCCCCCGCCUGAGCAGCUCGGAAUCCCGUCAGCGCGACCUGCCGCCCCCGCCACCCCCACCACUCCUGCGACUGCCCCUGCCUCCACCCCAGCAGCGUCCGAGACCCCAGGAAGAGACCGAGGCUGCACAGGUGCUGGCUGACAUGAGGGGGGUGGGCCCCACGCUGCCCCCACCACUGCCCUAUGUCAUUCUCGAGGAGGGGGGUAUCCGUGCGUAUUUCACUCUGGGUGCUGAGAGUCGGGGCUGGGAUCCUGCGAUUGAGUCAGGGUUCGGGGAGGUCCCGUCCACAGAGAUCAUAGAAACACUCCCGUCUUCAGAAGCCUCUAGGGGAAGCCUGGAAAUUGACUUUCAGGUUGCAGAGCACAGCAGCCUUGGAGAGAAGGCCCUAGAAACCUGUAGCUUUGGAGGGUGGGGGCCCCAGAUGUUAGUCGGUCCAAAGAGGAAGGAGGAGGCUAUCAUCAUAGUGGAAGAUGAGGAUGAGGAUGAAAAGGAAAGUAUGAGGAGGCUGCAGCAGCGUCGGCGGCGGAGGAGGAGGAGGAGGAGGAAGCAGAGGAAGGCGAAGGAGAGCAGAGAGAGGAGUGCGCAGAGGAUGGAAAGCAUACUGCAGGCCCUGGAGAGCAUUCAAAUGGACCUGGAGGCGGUGAACAUCAAGGCAGGCAAGGCCUUCUUGCGUCUCAAACGCAAGUUCAUCCAGAUGCGAAGACCCUUUUUGGAGCGCAGAGACCUCAUCAUCCAGCAUAUCCCAGGCUUCUGGGUCAAAGCAUUCCUCAACCACCCCAGAAUUUCAAUCUUGAUCAACCAACGCGAUGAAGACAUCUUCCGCUACUUGACCAAUCUUCAGGUACAGGAUCUCAGACAUAUCUCCAUGGGCUACAAAAUGAAGCUGUACUUCCACAACCCAUACUUCACAAACAUGAAGGUGAUUCAGGAGUUCCAGCGCGGCGCUCAGGUAAGUGGUCGGUUGGUGUCUCAUUCUACCCCUGUGCGUUGGCAUGGGGGACAGGAACCCCCAGCUACAACGAGAACCCACGACACCAGAGAAAGCUUCUUCAACUGGUUUUCCAACCACAGCCCCCCAGAAGCUGACAGAAUUGCUGAGAUUAUCAAGAAUGACCUGUGGGUUAACCCAGUACGCUACUACAUGAGAGGAGGUGGCUACAGAACAAGCAGAAAGAAGCAACUAGGAAAGGAAAGUAGAGCCAAGAAUCAAUAUGAAAUGGUGAUCAUGGAAGAUGCUCAUGACCAUUAUGCCGUUGAAGACAUUCUCAGUGAAAUCUCAGAAAUUGAUGAGAUCACUGACAAUGAGACCAUUCACGAUAUCAAGAUCUCUGACUUCAUGGAGACCACUGACUACUUUGAGACCACUGAUAAUGAGGUAACUGAUGCCAAUGAGAACCUGUGCGACAGUGAGAAUCCUGACCACAGUGAGGGCUCCCACAAGAUCACUGACAACAAAGGGAGCAUUGCCACCGGUCCAGAUGACAACGGUGACAAGCCAGAGGAAAAGAAUACCUAUGACAGUGAGGAUUCCAACAGUGAGAAAGCUGAUGGGGACGACAAAACCCUAGAAGGUGACAACCAGCAGGUUAUUAAUAUCCAAGAUAGCAGUGAUAGUGACAAUGGAGAUGAGGGUAGUGAUGAUGAAGAUGAUGAUGGCAAUGAGGGUGACAAUGAGGGCAGUGAUGAUGAUGACAGGGACAUUAAAUACUAUAAGAAUGGCUUCGAAGUCUUUGACAAGGCUCUGGAUAACCGCACCAACCAAGAUGUCUAUGAGGAGGAGGUAGAAAUCAUCUCUGAAGACUCAGUUGAGGAAGAAGAGGAAGAGACCAGUGAGGAAGCUAGUGAGCUAAGCGAGGACAGCUAUGAAGACGAACGAGUCUAUGAGGAGGAAGGGAGUGAAGUGAACUCAGAAGAUUCUGAUAUCCAGGAAGUGCUGCCAGUCCCAAAUGCUUGGGCCAGCCUGGGGAAGAAAGGGAAAAUUGGAUAAACAUCUUGCCCUUUAGGGCCUCUCUAUAUAUUACCCCAUACCCUAUCCCAUUUGCCCUCCUCUUCAGCUAGGGCUGUGCGGCCCCAUAUUGCACUUCUGGGGGGAGACCGAUUGAUUACACGGGUUUAAAGUUUAUUUUUAUGGUUUAGUAACUGCAGAGUUACUUAUUUGGAGGAGGGGUCACCCUCCCCUUCGGCCCUCCUCCACUGCAGGCUUCUGUGUGCUGCUAAUCUUAUUUAUUGUGAUGCCUUGGUCAGGGCCCCUCUAGCCCCCUUCUCGUGAGCUUAGGCCCAAGCCCCUCUCUCCGUGCUGCGUGGACAUCCUAUCACUAAGCGUGAAGGGCCUAUGUGACCUUCGUGACACCUGCACUGUGGCCUCGAGACUCUGCUACUACCCCUUCCUUUCUCCAGAGUUUCUCUCCAAUCCCUUUCUUCCCUUCACCAGCCCUGACCACUAGCCCGCCUCAGUGUCUUUGCCAGGCAGCUUCGCCUUUGUGGUAUUCCUGCUCCCCAGAAGCCCCGCCCCUCCCCCCGUGACCCUUGACGAGUCUAAUAAAACUGAGCAAAUUCAAAGUG